AUGUCUCUCCAGGAACAAUUCGACAAAGCUGCCGCUGAUGUCAAGAAUCUGAAAUCUCUUCCAUCCGACAAUGAUCUGUUGGAGUUGUAUGGUUACUUCAAACAAGCAACCGUAGGAGACGCCGAUCCCGCAAAAGCGCCCGGUUUCUUCGACCUGAGGGGCAAGGCGAAAUUCGAGGCGUGGAGCAAACACAAGGGCUUGUCAAAGGAAGACGCGCAGAAGGCCUACAUCGCCAAGGUGGAGAGCCUAAUCGCUUCUAUCGGGCUUCAGUAA